UCUCGCUUCCUCUCUUCUCCGCACGCGCGCGAGCAGCCCGAGAAUACAGCCGCGUGCCGUCCAGCCGCUGCGCCUCCGCAGGAGCCAGGAGUUGAGAGGUUGCCUAGACCAUGGAAAAUCCCUCCAGCUCCUCUAGAAAUGAAGAUUGUGAUGAUCCAAAGAUACAAUGGGAUCGAGUGAUGACUGGAAAAGAAUGGCUAAACUGUUGGGAUACAAACAAUAUUGGAUUUCAUAAUAAAGAAGAACAUCAAUUCCUGAAGAAACACCUGGAUAUUUUUCUCAACGGCAGGAAGGAAUUAAGAAUAUUUUUUCCACUUUGUGGGAAAGCUGUUGAAAUGAAAUGGUUAGCUGACAUGGGACACCAUGUAGUUGGUGUAGAAAUUAGUGAAAUUGCACUGAAGGACUUUUUCACAGAACAGAAUCUUUCAUUUUCAGAAGAAAUAGUUCCAGAAAUCCCUGAAGCUAAAUUACUGAAAUGCACGUCUCUGAAUAUUUCUCUGUAUUGCUGCAGUUUAUAUGACUUGACCAGCUCUGUGACUGGUCAUUUUGAUGGGAUUUGGGACAGAGGUUCUCUAGUAGCUGUUAACCCUUCUGAGAGAGAACGCUAUGUCCAGUUGAUACUAUCACUAAUGAACAGAAUGUGUCGCUGUCUUCUAGUUACUUUGUUGUAUGAUGUAAGGAAACACAAAGGUCCACCGUUCUAUGUUUCUGAUUCAGACGUGAAACGUUUAUUUGGAAAAGACUGCGAUAUUCAAUGUCUUGAAAAAGUCUAUGGUUUGGAAGAGCGACAUAAGAAGUGGGGUUUAGAUUAUUUAUGGGAGGUUUUAUACUUGGUCACAUUGAAAGAACCGAGAUGACUCCUAGACUUUCCUCUCAGAGGAUGAGGAGGAGAACCACUUGGUUGCCAGACAUCUUAAUGUUUCUGAUCUGAGCAUCAAUCAUUCUUGAGAUACUUUCUUCUAUUAUCAAUAUCUCUGAGAAUAAUUUUCGUGAAAUUUGCCUUUGCAAAUAAACCUCCGUUGUUAAAAUGGAAUACCAAGAGUUACAUCAGGAUUUGUGCUUUCUCCCCAUUUUUCCUAUCUAUUGGGUUCAUCCUAAUAAUCAUCAUUAUGCUGAGCUAAAUAAAUAAAUAACAUUAUGCAAUAUUGA